GUUGGAUUGACCUGCGCGGGCUGCAACUACCUGAUUAGCUGUGUACCGGCGAGUUCGACUUGUAUCGCCAGUUCCCCAGCACGGGCGAAGAGCAACUUUACCGAUACUUGGAAAACCUUUGUGACUAUUUCUACGACGACCUUCGAUCGCGCAUCCUCCACGGACCUUGUCUCUCACGGCCCUGUGCGACGUCUGCACUCCUGCAAGCACUCUUGGUUCUUGACGUAUCCGUGACCGACAAUAACGAAGAUGAUCGGAGUGACGCCGCCGCCGCCGCCGCCGACGACGACGACGAUGACGACGCAGAUCAUGUCCUCGACUUCGAUCAGCCACGCCAAGAGCCACGCUGUGGACGACAGCUACCGGGUGCCGGGCAAUCACCUUGAGGGGUUCAUCAAGAUUGGCCACGUCUCGCCCCAGCGGGUGGUGUUCUUUGACUCGCUACGUAGUCGUCGAGAGCCAGUACGUCGGCCUAACAUCCAGCACAGGCUCACGACUUCGAUGAAGAUUCAAGACAUUCGCCGGUCGGUGGAUGACAGCGCUGCGCCUCUUGUUCACCAUGAAGAAGCGAGCGUCUCCUCGGGCAUGGUCUCCUUCGUCGCUAGUCCCAUCGAGCGCUUUCGUAUCCCCAUAUCCGAGCGCGUGCUCUCGCGCAUUCUACGCGGAAACCUCUACACAAACCACGUCGGCAAUGUUGAGCCCGCCGCUGGCGAGGAGACGCGCAAGAACAUCUUCUUUCUAUCUUAGCUCAGGGUGAGGUACUCGUGAAGAUCCGCAAGAUCCCACCAUGCGCAGGAAACUCUACCCUGUCGCCAACAACGCACUUCGCGAGGUCCCUCAAGGACCUGCAGACUUCGGCAUGUCCUGCUGAAGGAGGUCAUUUACAACCUUUUCCUGUCGACCCAGGGGAGUUUACACGGGGGCUAUGCGGAAGGGAGGCCCAUCGGUGUUGAGGGAUAUGUUUAAGA